AAACGAUACGAUUGUAUACCUCAUUAUGAUUCAGUAUGCAAUCAAUUAUAGCAUACAUUUGUUAUUAAUGUACAAAAAUAAAUGGCUAAGAAUUAGCGGAUCGCACGGCUUUGCGCACAAAAUCGGCUCACAAUUUGUUUUAAUCACUGAUUGACUGAUUGUUUUAAUUAUAGAUCCGUUAGAUUCAUAGCUAGUAUUGAAAAGUAAUGUCCAAAUAACGAGUAGCAUUUUGGCGCAAAGUUUUCCGACCACUCAAUGGCUAAAUGUUUCGCUAAUUCGGACCUAAAAUUAUAGUUUAGUUUUUUAUUAGAGAAAAACACUUAAGAAUUGCAUAAAUCAGUGGAAAUUUUGAGGAUAUUUCAUGUGUUUAGACCUCAUUGUCUGCUAAUGUCUAAUAUUUUGGUGCACUUUCUCUCAUUACCGACCGCCAGGUUUGACGUCAGAGGAUAUCUUCACGACUUGAGUCCGUUCGACGCGAACCGCAAACAAAGUGACGAACAGUUGUCGCCCGAAGAGCUCGAAAUGGAGCGCCUCUGCGAUGAAGAGCGCUUCGCUGACCUUAAGUCCGAAGACAUCGAUGAUAAUCACGAUGAAGAGAUAAAGCGAUUGCAUUUGGCUUUGGCCGACGGCUCCGGUUAUAACCAAAUUAGCUAUAAUUACGAGCAAAACGAGGGCUCAGUUACCGCUCAAACGACUCCUCCCGAGUCGACGUGCGAACAGAAACCUAAAGCUGAAGACGCGGACCGCUUUAAGUUACCGCAGGGUCUCAAUCCUCCAGAAAAUAUUUUAUUGCCUCAAAGUCAAAAACUACAUAAUAUUAUCGAAAAGACCGCUCUGUUUGUGAGUAAACACGGAAUCCAAAUGGAAAUCAUAUUAAAGACAAAACAGUCGUCGAAUAGAAACUUUGAUUUUUUGUCGUUUGAUUCGCAACUUUACUCGUAUUAUAAAUACAUUUUAGAGAAUAUAAAGUCCGGAAAAUAUACCCCAAAUCAGAACCAAACGAGUGAUAACUCUGACGAGUCGGACGACAACUCCGAUGGCGAACACUAUUUGCAUCCAAGUCUUCUGGGGUCGUCGGCCAACAGGACACAGAACUCCCGCACCUUUAAUAUACCCAAUCUAUUACGGGCGCCAAACAGUAAUGACUUGUAUUCCCAACUCGUGAAGAGUCUUAAAGAUAUGGUUCCCGCGCUCGAAGAGCCCGUCGAAGAGACACCAAAACCUGAAUUAAAAACAGUACCUAUAGUUUCAGUGGAUUCUGAAGCAAAUAAAAGUCAAUUUCAAGUGAAACCCGGUGUCACAAACACAGCUCAAACUUUGUGGUCAUCAUUACUGCCGUCUCCACCGCCGGACAUCUCGCAGAUCAUCGAGAAGUUGGCCCAAAGGGUGGCCACGAAUGGCGAACAGUUUGAGUCGUCGAUCAAAAAGUUGGGCGAAAAUCGAUUUGAUUUCGUAAACCCGGGACACAUAUAUCACGCCCACUAUAUCCGACGGAAACUCCAUUUCCUGGAGGAGAACCGGAAGGCAUCGGUCGCUCAGCUAAAGCUCAAAAACAAGAAGAGCUGUUCCACUAAAAGCGAGUCCAAUAGCAGACAUAAAACUGCCGUCAGUUUUAGUAUUAGCACUAAAGAGAGCAAACCGUCGGACGAGAAUCCGUUGACAACGGGUUCGUCGAAACGGGACGACGAAUGCAUUGCCAAUAACACCGACAGUAGUGCCAAACGGAUGAGCGAUAAUGCGCUGAAAGACAAGUUAGCGCUCGCAGUGAGAGAGAGGGCCGCCAAAGACAAACAGGAGGAACGCAAACGAAAGGCCGCACUCUUUCUCACUCUCCUUAAGAGUAAAUCUAAAGAUGAAACAAAA